GGGAGGUUCUGUCGAUGACUAAUUGAAGGAAAUUUCAGCAAAAUCAGGGUGCUAAUCGCAAUUAACAAAAAGGUUGGGGGCAUUCAGGGAAAGAGCAAAGACUCAAGAAAUUGACCCAUGAAUCAUUUCUGUUCGACUGCAGCUCAGACGAGUAAAGAUCGGAACUUUUCUGCUCAACCGAGCGAUAGCUCGAAAGACCAAUAAAGGGCAGCAUGGAUUUCAGCGAAACCAACCACCACCGCCUCAGCAGACCAAUCCGUUGCAUCGUGAAACUGGGAGGAGCAGCAAUUACCUGCAAAAAUGAGAUAGAGAAAACUAAUGAAGAAGGUCUCGAGAUAGUUGCUUCACAGCUGAGGGAGGCAAUGGUGUCGGGUUCAUCUUUACCAAAGGGUGUUGGAAUGGACUGGAGUAAGAGAGCUGAAUGUUCAGAAAUAUCCCUCAACGUCGAUGAUUUUGGAGAUCAAGAGUUGAUGGAGCUAAGCAACUUCAUUGUGGUGCAUGGAGCAGGUUCUUUUGGGCAUUUCCAGGCUAGCAAAUCUGGGGUUCACAAAGGAGGACUGGAGCGCCCCCUAGUGAAAGCGGGUUUUGUUGCCACACGAAUAUCAGUAACCAAACUGAAUCUUGAAAUUGUUAGAGCCCUCGCUAGAGAGAGCCUUCCUGCCAUCGGAAUGUCUCCUUUUUCAUGCGGAUGGUCAACCUGUCAAAGAAAUUUUGGCUCAGCAAAUUUGUCCACUGUUACAAAGGCUCUUGAUUCUGGUUUUGUGCCUGUCCUGCAUGGAGAUGCUGUGCUCGAUGAGGCACAGGGCUGUACCAUAUUAAGCGGAGAUGUCAUCAUUCGUUACCUGGCAGAACAUUUGAAACCCGAUUAUGUGGUUUUUCUCACAGAUGUUCUGGGGGUAUAUGAUCGUCCGCCAACCGAACCUGGUGCUGUGCUCCUGAGAGAGAUUGCUGUGAAUGAAGAUGGGAGCUGGUCCGUCCUGAAACCUAGACUCAAAGACUCGAGCAGGCAAGUUGAGAUAACAGUGGCAGCCCAUGACACAACUGGGGGGAUGAUGACUAAGAUAUCAGAAGCUGCAAUGAUCGCAAAACUUGGAAUUGAUGUUUACAUUGUCAAGGCAACAACGAACCACUCUGUAAGGGCCCUAAGAGGGGAGCUGAGAGGAGAUGUUAUUCCCGACGACUGGCUUGGUACACUCGUUCGUUUUUCCAGAUAGCACCUUGAGAUGAUCAACUCAAUACAAUCGGUGAAUCAAAUUCAUUUUGAAAUCAAGCUUGACAGAUGCUUAAGGAGUGUCAAUUUUACAGACAACAUAUCAAAAUGUGGAGUUGUAAUACAAGAGGAUUUGGGAUGGUCAAGUUUAAUAACAAAUAUUCUCGCUUUUGGCUCAAA